GAUUCGGCUGAAGAAAGGUGAGCGCUUUUAAUAGUCCUUCAAUCGACCAAACUUACUUGCUUGUAAUGCUUUAUCUAGCGAUAUUAAUGAAUGCUGUUCUUUGCGUGUAAAGCACACGACUAACAGAAGUAGGUGCGUCUCAUUUCGCUCCCUAUAUAACUCAACUGAGGUCCAUGUGACAUGAAAAUAAAGAUGGCGUUUAUUAAAGAGGAGAGUGAAGACAUGAAGUUUGAAGAAACAUUCAGAGUCAAACAUGAAGAUACUGAGGAACAAACAAAGACUGAGAUUAUUAAAGAGGAGAGUGAAGAAACAUUCAGAGUCAAACAUGAAGAUACUGAGGAAGAAACAGAGAUGGAGUUUAUUAAAGAGGAGAGUGAAGACAUGAAGAUUGAAGAAACAUUCAGAGUCAAACAUGAAGAUACUGAGGAAGAAACAAAGAUGGAGUUUAUUAAAGAGGAGAGUGAAGACAUGAAGAUUGAAGAAACAUUCAGAGUCCAACAUGAAGAAGAUACUGAGGAACAAACAGACCUGAUUGCGCUGAAAGAGGAGAAUCAAGAACUGAAUGAAAUGAAAGACAAAGAUCAAAAUGAGAAACAUCAUGAUUUCAAAACUGAAGAGGAACUGAUAAGUUGCUCACAGACUAAAAAGACUACCUCACCAAAAGAAGCUCAAAAAACACAAACUACAAACCUUAAGUCUCAAAUGAGAGUUCAUACUGGAGAGAAAACGUCCACCUCCCAACAGUGUGGGAAGAGUUUCUUGCAUAAAGUAAAUCUUAAGACUCGUGUAAGAUUUCAAACUGGAGUGAAUUCUUUUGUAUGUGAUCAGUGUGGAAAGAGUUUCAAACAUAGUGCAAAUCUUAAUAACCACAUGAGAAUUCAUUCUGGAGAGAGACUUUUCACCUGCAAACUGUGUGGGAAGAGUUUCACACAUAAUGGAGGUCUUAACAAUCACAUGAUAAGUCACACUGAAAAGAAGCCAUUAAUAUGCUCUCAGUGUGGAAAGUGUUUUUCACGGAAACAAAACCUUGUUCUCCACAUGAUCAUUCACACUGGCGAAAAGCCUUUCACCUGCAAAAUGUGUGGGAAAACUUUCACGUAUAAGGGAAACCUAAAGACUCACAUAAGAAGUCACACUGGAGAGAAUCCAUUCACAUGCGAUCAGUGUGGAAAGAGUUUCAGACAUAGUGUAAACCUUAAUAACCACAAGAAGAGUCACUCAAGAGAGAAGAGUUUUAAAUGCCAUCAGUGUGAAAGGAGUUUCACAGACACAAAUCACCUUAAGAAUCACGUUAAAAUUCACAUCGGAGAAAAGCCUUUCAUGUGUCAUUACUGUGGAAAGAGUUGCUCGAGAGAAGAUGGCCUGAAGAUUCACGUGAGAAUUCACACUGGAGAGAAACCUUACACCUGCCCUCAGUGUGGAAUGAGUUUCAGGGUUAAAGAAUACCUUCAGGUUCACAAGAGGAUUCACACUGGAGAGAAGCCUUACAAGUGUCCUCAGUGUGAGAAGAGAUUCGCAUUUCAAAGCAGCAUGAAACGUCACUUGCGAACACAUUCUGGGAAGAAAUUGCCACUUUCUUCAGUGUGACGAGGUUUAGAAAAAGGAGUAAUUUAUACAAUCAUCUGCACAUUCAUUUUGGUAGACAUUCAGUUGAAAUCAUUGUAAGAAUA